AUGAUGUCUUCAUUUCUGGCCAUAAUCGUUCUUUUUCACAUCUUUUCACGUACUUCUGCUGCUUCUCUAUGCUCAGAUUUGGAUCUUUCAACAUCAACAAAGAAUACCGAUGAGAAUUAUUCAAUUCAACUUGAAAAACUUCCCUCAUCAACUGUGAUCAAAGUCUCACUGACACAAACAACGACUAUUUCGGACACUUCCUGGUUUCUCAUGGGCGCAAGUGAUUCCUUAGAAUUAGUUGGUACAUGGCAACCAUUAACUCCAAUGGAUGGUCAAGUCAUCAAUUGUUUAUCACCAUCAGCUCAAGCAGUUACAAACGAAAAUUCAUUGGUAAAAAGUUCAGAUCGAUUGCAAAAUGCAUUCUAUUGGACACCUCCAGCAUCAGCAAAUAAGUCGAUUAUCUUCGUUGCGACGAUUUUCUAUCCAAACCAAAAAGUAACUAUGAAAUAUGUGCAAAGUUUACCAAUUGAAAUCGGACAAAAUCGAUACCGAGAUGUUAGUACAACCUUUUGUGAUUCAUCACCGUGUCAGAACGGUGGCACAUGCAACCGCGAUACUCAAUAUUCAUAUUGUCGAUGUGUCACACCCUGGAAUGGUGUGUUUUGUACUCUCCAAUAUUUUCAUAUUAUGUUGGCAAGUACUCAACCGUUUACAACGGAAUUUUAUUUUAAUACUCUGAAUUCGGCAUCGUAUGCUAACUUAACAACAGCAAUAAUAGCUUACUUGAAUUCGGCUUUCAGCGCACUUCCAACCAAUCGAAUUUAUUCAUUAAAUUUUGUUUCUCCAAGCCCGCUGGGAACAUAUAUAUCAAUUAGUAUGGCUCUAACACCAACAACGGGAUCCUAUGCACCGGUAAUUCUCUCAGCACUCGCCACAGCUCUUACGCGUAACAGUACAACGCCAUUUGGUUAUCAAUUAUCUAUGAGUUCAUCGUAUAUAAGCAAUGCAGUCACGCAAGAUUCAACACCAUAUACAUCUUGUGUAUUUCCAUAUACAUUCAAUUUGCUUGAUUAUAAUUUUUGUAUCCCGUACCAAUCGAGUUUUGUUUGUUCAUCCGCUCGUGUUAUUGAUCGAACUUCAACGCUUGCUAGCAUCGAUUGUACAAGAAACAUUUUUAGUUACAUUACCAAAGAUGUUUGUUUUCCGAAUAUCUGCCUAAACGGUGGUACGUGUGUGAACACUAAUGGAGUUGCGACGUGUAAUUGUCCAGCGUAUUUUACCGGUACUCGAUGUGAUCAACUAUACGGUUGUAAUCCAGUCACCAAUUCUCUAGCAAUUACAUGUGCCAAUAGCGCAACUUGUGUUGGAAAUACUUGUGUGUGCACUUCAAAUAACACAGUUGGUACUUUGUGUGAAAUUGUUGCUGGUAAUACUGGUUGUAAUUUUCCAUUUACAUAUAUGGGUGUCACGUAUUCCACGUGUGCGGUGAUCAAUAAUCAGCCGCUAUGUGUCGCAAGAACCUCAUCAACUAAUGGACAAUUUCCAGUUUCACUUGUCGGCUGUGGAGCUCCUCAAUGUCAAAAUAAUCCAUGUGGUAAUCGUGGUACAUGUCAAGAUACAGUCAGUGGUUCAUUCCGUUGUAUCAAUUGUGCUACUGGAUACAGUGGUUAUUUCUGCGAACUACAAUAUCGUACAGUUCAACUGACAUUCAAUACAACUUAUACACCUGAUUAUCAAAACGCAAGUAGUAAUGCUUCGAAACAGUUACAAGCAUUAAUCAAUCAAACAUUGAGCACAGCUUUUGUGAAUAUCACUAAUGGUGGAGUUCGACCGGAUCUUAUUCAGAUUAUUCAAAAUCCCGAUGGAACAACCAGUGCAGUGAUUAAUGUCAAUACAAAUUAUCUGAAUUUUCAAAAUAACGCUACGCAAAAUGCAUUAAAUGGAAUCGGUGCUAUAACAAUCGUAGCAGUGAACACCACUCGAGAAUGUGCGGCGUGGUAUAUUUAUCAAGGACGGAAUGUCACUGGUUGCGUCACAAAUACACAGAAUGUGCCUAUAUGUUCGUUAACAAACAAUUUUGAUCGUGAUGGACAAUUUACCACUUGUCCAGUAACGAUUAACCUGAAUCUAUGUAAUGGCGUUUAUUGUAAUGGUGGUCGAUGUAUUGCAACUAGUCAAAACUUAACCUUCUGUGUUUGUCCGAAUGGUGUCACUGGCGCGAAUUGUGAUCAACUUUUACAAUGCAGUGAUGUGAACUGUUUGAACAAUGGUACGUGUGUCCCGCUAUCAAGUGGUUAUUAUCGAUGCAAUUGUACGAUGGGUUACGGCGGUACUUAUUGUCAAUAUGCAAUCACUGGUUGCGUCUUUCCGUUUGUUGAUAAUCAGAAUCGAACACAGAAUACAUGUAUAACAACAAGUGAUUAUAUGAAUGGAACGGUACCUUGGUGUCGAAAUGCUCAAGGUUUACCACAGAGUUGUCAAAUUGAUUAUUGUGCGAAAAAGCCAUGUGUAUAUGGUGUUUGUGUCCCAUCAAUUCAAUGGGCGUUUGGAAAUUCUUAUCCGGCAUUUAUUUGCAAUUGUACGGCGGGUUAUACCGGUCGAUUAUGUACACAUGCGUAUUUUCGAUUGAAAGCAUUGUUUGCUGCUCCAAAUAUGUCGACAACGACGUUGAACGCGCUAGAAUCACCAACGACUCAGACUUAUCUGAAUCUGACGAAUAUGUUUCGAAAUUUAAUUCAGAAUCGAACCAAUUCGAGUUUUGAUUUUCUACCAUUGAUGUUUACAACUUUCCGAACAGACCAAGGAAAUUACAUUCAAAUCACAGCUGAUUCAUCGUAUCCUGGAAAUAUCACCCAAGUACAGAUAGACAAUAUUCUUCGACCAAUUCUUGCCUCCCUUCCACCACAAUUCGGUUUGAUCCUCGACAACGCUAGUCUUACCGAUCCCGACGAUAUCCAACCAAUGAGUCCUGCUUCAAACUGUACUUUACCUUACGGAUACAAUUCUCAAUCGUUAGCAGUGUGCCAUAUGGACAGCAACGGCCUUGCCUAUUGCUCUUAUGGAUCGAAUUAUACGUUGGUGGAUCGAAAACUAUGUGAUGCAAGUGGCUUACCUACCGCGCAAUAUACGGCAUGUGAUGCGCUGAAUCUAACGAAUCCGUGCAAUGGUACCGCGAACUUUCCGAUUCGUUGUGUGGCGUCGGAUACAAGUUGGACCUGUUUUUGUGAAGUAACGCAAACCUUGGGCCAAAAUUGUGGAAAUUUCGAUUUUUGUCGAAAUGGUUCAUUACUCUGUCGAAAUAAUGCUUCAUGUAUCAAUCGACCUGAUUUACAAGACUUUGCUUGUAAUUGUACAGAUCCAUAUUAUGGUCGUCUAUGUGAAAAUUUCGGACGUGCUUAUAAAAUGUAUCUAACAAAUUAUUCGAAUGACACAUCGCCAGGUCUUCCAACAUUAAUUUCACAAAUUAAUCAAACAAUUAUCAACAUGACCAAUGGCGGAGUCAUCGCGACGAGUAUAGUCAUCAGUCCGUCCGGUGAAGUAACUAUCAUUGUAUCUGGACGAAAUUACUCUAUACCUGAUUUCGAACUUCCAUUGACCAACAAAGUCAAUUCAAAUUGGACAGUUGGUCCAUAUACCGUAUCAUUCAAUCAAACCAGUCUUGUUUCUGUACAAACCAAUGCUACUUGUGUCUUCCCAUUUGCUUAUAACGGAGUUAACUAUACAACAUGUAUUACGACUGGUUACGAUUUUCCUUGGUGUAGUACAACGGCAACAUACACGGGGCGAAUCGUCGAUUGUCGAAACAUCAAUUGGUGUGCAUCAGGACCUUGUUUAAACAAUGGUACUUGCUCAGUUAACCAACAAUUAGGAACAUUUCAAUGUAAUUGUGUGGAUGGAUGGGUUGGAGUUCGGUGUGCUUAUCCGUCGACAACGAUUACAAUUGUGAUACCAUUGGGUAAUAAUACAUUGAAUAAUGCUACUUUAUUAAACAUUACAAAUUCGCUUCCGAAUGGUACAAAUAUUGAUGUGAUUAAACCUGGUCCAAACAAUACUGUUAUCAUUAUAAUAACGACGAACAAUACGAAUAUACCGAAUAUAACAUGGCCAGUGUUGAACAUCACCACACAACCCACGAAAAAUGUCGAUGGUUGUGUGUUUCCAUUUAUAUUUAAUAAUGAAACUUACUCAACAUGUAUUCCUGCAUUCCAAAAUCGGACGGCAUAUUGUUGUCGAACUGCAAACUGUGAUGUGAAUCCUCAAUGGCAAUAUUGUAAUAAUUCAAAUAUAUGUUCUACUUGUGCAGCGAAUGCAAACUGCAUAGUAUCUGGCAUUGGUAUUAUCACAUGUGUCUGUCCUUUGGGUUAUACUGGUGCUCUAUGUGAUACUGCCGUGAAUCUAUGUGCACAACGAAAUCAAAGUUGUAUUAACGGCGCAUGUGUAAUUAACCCAAUUACAUUGUCGCCCUAUUGCAAUUGCAGUUCACCGUUGUUCACUGGAGCACAAUGUGAUACUUUUCUACCAUGUCUGACAGCUCCAUGUUUAAAUAACGGCACAUGUUCGGGAUAUUCGAAUGCGACAGUUCGAUGUAAUUGUAGCAAUUGCUACAGUGGAGCAUUUUGUCAAAUUCCCGAUUACUGUUGUUUGAAUAUCUGUUCGCCAAAUGGCGUUUGUAUACCUGGAAAUAAUGGUGCAUACACAUGCAUCUGUCAACCGAAUUACACCGGUGUUAAUUGUAAUAUAUUCAAUCCAUGUGCAUUACUACCGUGUCAAAAUGGCGGAACGUGUGUGAUUGUGAAUGGAACCGGUUAUCAAUGUUCAUGCCCAUCAGGAUGGACAGGUGUCAAUUGUGCGACACAAGUGAAUCCGUGUGCUUCGCUACCCUGUUUAAACAAUGGUCAAUGCAUUACCCUUGGUAGUCUAUUCGUUUGUGUUUGUGUAGGAGGUUAUAAUGGAACCUUCUGUCAAGUAGCACCCAAUCCAUGUGCAAGCAAUCCAUGUUUUAAUAAUGCUACAUGUUAUCAACAAGUCUUAAGUUCAACUAACACAUACGGAUACGUAUGUGUAUGUAAUACAUCGUUAUACGCAGGUACACGAUGUGAAAUACCCGUUUCACCAUGUUCCACAACGUCAUCUCCAUGUCGAAACGGUGGUACCUGUGUUGCAAGUGCAAAUGGACUGUCAUAUAAUUGUUCUUGUCCAUAUCCAUAUACGGGUACAACUUGUGAUCAAUUGAUUAAUCCGUGUAGUCCAAAUCCGUGUUUACCAUACGGUAACUGUUAUCUCAAUUUGGCCACAUCGAAUUAUACAUGUGUGUGUAUUAAUUCAACUUUCACUGGUCCAUUAUGUCAAAAUCUAACGAAUCCAUGUUUAUCGUCACCUUGUAUCAGUGGUACUUGUGUAGCUAAUGGAACGAGCUUUACUUGUGUAUGUCCAUCAAAUCGUACAGGAAUUUAUUGUGAAAGUAUCCUUCCACCGUGCACGAAUUUGACUUGUUUUAAUAAUGGUACUUGCCUUUAUUCGGGCACAACAGUCAUUUGCCAAUGUCCGCCAUUAUACACAGGUCCACAGUGUCUUCAGCCUAUAAAUCCAUGUAGUUCAUCACCGUGUUUACACAAUGGAACAUGCAUCAAUCAAUAUCUUAAUCAAUUCCUUUGUACAUGUCCAACAACAUGGACUGGCACUCUAUGUGAAUCAUUAGUUAAUCCAUGUUUAACAUAUCCUUGUUUCUUUGGCGGUACUUGUCUAUUAGACAGUUCCUAUCGACCAAGUUGUAUUUGUCUAUCGACACAAACAGGUAUCUAUUGUGAAACAACACUUAGUCCAUGCUUAAGCUCUCCCUGUUAUAACAAUGGCACAUGUGUUACGAAUGCUCUACGAACUAGUUAUACAUGCACAUGCCCAUCACUCUACACAGGUCUACGAUGCGAAAAUUUAGUUAAUCCAUGUUUGCCCAAUCGUUGUAUAUAUGGUACGUGUUAUACGUUGGCCAAUGGAACGUACUAUUGUGCAUGCAGUGCCAGUUAUACUGGACUCAUAUGCGAUCAUCCUAUUGAUCAAUGCGCACUUCUACCAUGUCUCAAUAAUGGUACUUGUAUCAAUUUGGGUACUACUUAUUUAUGUGUAUGUCCCACGGGCAUAACUGGUCGAUCUUGUGAACAAAUUACUAAUCCGUGUUUGAGCAAUCCUUGCAAAUCAGGUACAUGUUAUUCAACAGGAACUCGAUACGCAUGUGUUUGUGAUGCGGCACACACAGGAUCAUUGUGUGACUCUGCAUUAGAUCCAUGUUUGUCAUAUCCUUGUCUGAAUAAUCAAACCUGCUUACGCGACUCGACAAAUACAAGUUAUAUAUGUCUUUGUGCAUCACCAUACACUGGUCAGCGUUGUGCAACAACAGUCUUAACAUGUUCGACAGUCAAUUGUUUGAAUGGUGGUACAUGCAUACAGCCAACCUUGCAAACAGCGCAAUGUAUUUGUGCAACUGGUUAUUCUGGUACAUAUUGUGAAAUUGUUCUCAAUCCAUGUCAAUCUCGACCGUGUUUCAACAACGGAACUUGCUUAUCUGCAUUUAAUAAUACGUAUUUAUGUUUAUGUCCUACAAGUUACACAGGUACUUAUUGUGAACAGUACAAUCCAUGUUUGAAUUUUAUAUGUUUGAAUGGCGGUACUUGCGCAAUUUCACCAUCAGCCAUUGGUGGUCGUGUUUGCAUUUGUCUUUCCGCUUAUACUGGCCUAUCAUGUGAAGUACCGAUAACACCUUGUCAAAGUUCACCAUGUGUUAACAAUGGUAUCUGCGUAGUCACGCCCGGUACAGCCAAUUAUACAUGUAUAUGCACACCAGCUUAUACAGGAAUCUGGUGUGAACAGUAUAUCAAUCCAUGUCUUUCAUAUUCAUGUUCAAAUGGUGGAACAUGUUACCGAACUAUGGAUGGAAAACCUAUUUGUGCAUGUGUAACACCUUACACGGGAACUCAAUGUUUAACACGAAUAGAUCCUUGUUUAUCAAAUCCGUGUGUGAAUAAUGGCAUUUGUUUAUCUCAGUCAUUAACAUACAACUAUACAUGUAUUUGUCCGACAAACUAUACAGGUGGCCGUUGUGAAAAUUACAUUGGUGCAUGCACAACAUUAAUAUGUCAAAACGGUGGUAGUUGUGUUUAUAAUGGUCAAAAUGCUAUCUCGUGUAUAUGUCCACCUGUAUGGACAGGUACUUUAUGCACACAACGUAUUGAUCCAUGUACAACAGCAAAUCCUUGUUUAAAUUCUGGUAUAUGUAUAGCCAUAUCUAAUAGUACAAAUCAAACAACAACUCGUUGUCAAUGUUUGGCUGCAUACACAGGUCAGUAUUGUCAAACGCCUAUAUCACCAUGUCAAAAUUUACGUUGCAUCAAUGGCCAAUGCCUAUUACGAGCUGACGGAACUGCUCUAUGCUAUUGUAACGAUCAAUGGACAGGUACAGCAUGUGAUACAUUAAUCUCUCCAUGUGUAUCUCAACCAUGUCUGAACAAUGGCAUCUGUUUUUCAUCUGGUGUAUCUUAUUCAUGUAUAUGCACACAGGGUUAUUCCGGUACACGAUGUGAAAUUACGCCAACUACUUCAUGUACAGUGAAUUGUGCUAAUAACGGCACAUGUGCAAUACGUUCGCAAGACAAUGUGCAAAUCUGUGUCUGUCCAGCUGGUUAUACAAGUACUCGAUGUGAGAUACAAAUCUCACCAUGUGUACCAUCACCAUGUUUGAACAAUGGUGUAUGUUUACCGAUAACAUAUACAAAUGGUACAUUGGGAUUUCAAUGCAUUUGUACCGUACCGUAUACAGGUCCAAUCUGUGCAACUUACAUUUCGGUGACAUGUGGAAAUUUGAGUUGUUUGAAUGGUGGUACUUGCUUGGUUAAUAAUGAUCGAACAAUAUGUCAAUGUUCAAGCAUUUUUACAGGCAGUCGUUGUGAAACAUUGAUUAAUUCAUGCGAUAGUAAUCCCUGUGUGAAUGGUGGUACUUGUAAUACAAUGUCUGUAGGUCGCAAAAAACGUCAAACUACAGUGGCAUUAGGUUAUUAUUGUCAAUGCCCAACGACGUAUACAGGUCAACGUUGUGAAACCUAUCUUCCUCUAUGUGGGUCAAAUCCCUGCCGAAAUAACGGUACAUGCUACCAAGAUUCAGUUGCUAAUCGAAUAUUUUGUAUAUGUAUACCAACUUAUACUGGAACAUUAUGUGAUACACCCUCAAAUGGAACCAAUGUCUGUCUAACGAAUCCAUCGCUUUGUGUUAAUAAUGGAACUUGUCGAGUUAACACAUCGUCCCCACUAGGUUUUCAAUGUGUAUGUCCACCUCCACAAACAGGUGUGUACUGUGAACAAACUCUCGAUCCAUGUAAAACAGUUCCAACACCAUGUCUCAACAAUGGAACUUGCAUUUCAUCCUUGACGGGUUACGUGUGCCUUUGUACUGCUAGCUUCACCGGUACAAAUUGUUCUGUUCCAACCAGCCCUUGUAGUUCACAACCUUGCUUCCGUAAUGGGACAUGCUUGGCCAUCGGUACUCAAUCGUACACAUGUGUUUGUCCUACUGGUUAUCUUGGCAAUCGGUGUGAAAUAUGCAAUUGUCCUUGUAAUAUUUAUCCAUGUCUCAAUGGAGGCGUCUGUCGAUCAACAGACAUCGGCGGUGUUGUAUGCACAUGUCCUGCUGGUUAUACAGGCGUUCGAUGUGAAAAAUCAAUAUUACCCUGUGACUCUAAUCCAUGUUUGAAUAAAGGUGUAUGUAUCUAUGAUCCAACAACAAUGCAAAUGAAGUGUCAAUGUUGCGGCCUGGCAACUGGAGUAUUUUGUGAAACUCUUCUCAAUCCAUGCAAUAGUUCCGUUCCAUACUGUUUCAAUAAUGGCACUUGCGUUCUGAAUGCUAGUUCCCAACCAAUGUGCAUGUGCCCGAGCACUUUCACCGGUGCCUACUGUGAAACGUAUUCCAGUCCAUGUUCACUAGUCACAUGUAUUCAGGGCACAUGUGUCGUGCUAGCCAAUUCAACAUUUAUGUGCGUUUGUCCGACAGGUCGAUCAGGUGUUUAUUGUGAAAUAGGUGAUCCAUGUGUACUUUCUUCUGGAACGAUAACACCGUGUCGAAACGGUGGCACGUGUAUUCGUAUAAGUACUACUUCUUACACAUGUGUAUGCCCUCUUGGAUUUACCGGUGCAAACUGUGAUAUAGCAAAUCCUUGUGCGAGUAUGCCAUGCGCAACAAACGCAACCUGUGCUACUUUAGUGAAUGGUAGUGCUUAUUGCAUAUGCCCAGCAGGAACGACAGGUAGCCGUUGUAAUCAAACAAUUCCUAGUCAAUACUGUUCAUCAUCACCCUGCCGUAAUAAUGGUACUUGUAUUGGAACAACAUGCAUAUGUCCGAUUAAUACGAGUGGACCCACAUGUAACAUAACACAAAUACCAUGUCCAACAGCUACCCGACCAACACUUGUUUGCUACAAUGGGGGUACAUGUGUUUCCAACUAUGGAUGCAUUUGUACUUCAGGAUAUACCGGUAAUGGCUGCGAUACACCUCUUUCCAAUGCUUGUACAAGUACAACUUGUUCAAACGGCGGCACUUGUGUGACAUUGUUCAAUGGUACACUUGUUUGUAUAUGUCCAGCAGGAUAUACGGGCAUGAGAUGUGAAACAUAUACUUCAUUGUGUCAGCCCAAUCCAUGUCAAUCUAAUGGCACUUGUAUCCCAAGUGGAUCAACUGGUUAUGUAUGCUUAUGUCCAUCCGGUUUUACUGGAGCACAGUGCAGUCUUGUUACAAAUGCUUGUCUUUAUACGCCAUGUUUAAAUGGUGCUACUUGUUUACCGCUUCUAAACGGCGCGUAUAGUUGUAUUUGCACAUCAGCAUAUACCGGUGCACAGUGUCAAACAAUUCUCAAUCCUUGCUCAUCAUCGCCGUGCAAUGCAGGUACUUGCGUGACAACCAGUAAUGGUCUUGCAUAUACAUGUAUUUGUCCGUCCCAACUAACUGAUCCAAAUUGUCUAACAGCAAAUCCGUGUGGAUACCAACCUUGUCUCAACGGUGGUACAUGUGUAGUAACAAGCGCAAGUACAUACACCUGUACAUGUCCAACAAAUUAUGUAGGUGUUAAUUGUCAAACACUCAAUCUAUGUCUACCGAACCCGUGUAUUAACAAUGGUACAUGUCAAACAUUAACAUCAUCCACAAUUCAAUGUGCUUGUACAUCAGCGUACUACGGUGCACGAUGUGAGAUAUUAAAUCCAUGCCAAAAUUACACUUGUGGCAAUGGUAUCUGCGGAAUAGAUCCAACAACAACGUUGGCACAAUGUGCUUGUUAUGCUGGAUGGACAGGUGCACGUUGUAAUAUAUCGAUUGCUUGUUCAAGUAAUCCAUGUAUUUACGGUACAUGUGUCGCAUCGACCACAUCUGGGUACACCUGUGUUUGCCUUUCCGGUUAUUAUGGUUUACAAUGUCAGACACCAAUAACCAAUACGGCGUGUCAAAGUAAUCCUUGCCGAAAUGGUGGUACAUGCCAAGUAACAGCUAAUAAUGGUUAUAUGUGUUCAUGUCCGGCGUACUAUGUUGGUACUAAUUGUGAAACGGUGAAUCCAUGCGUUUUAAUUGGAGCGUCCUCGUCGUGUCAGGCGGUAUUGACUUCGACGGGAAAUUACACCUGCUCAUGUUCAUCGAGUGUAUGUGCAAGUAAUCCAUGUCAAUAUGGAACAUGUAGUGUGAUCAAUUCUGGCGCAGCUUAUAGUUGCCUGUGUUACUCAGGUUAUUUAGGUCGACAAUGCAAUCUGACUGAUCCAUGUUCUACGACUGUCUGUUACAACGACGGCACAUGUGUUGCGACACUCAAUGAUGCCAGCACACAAGUAACUAGAACAUGUGUUUGUCCUGCAUCUCAACACUUUGUUGGACAAUUCUGUGAACAUUACAAUCCAUGCAUUUCAUCCCCAUGUAUUAAUAAUGCCACAUGUUCGUACUACAUUAAUGUCACAUGUUACUAUUACUGUACAUGUCCUAUUGGAUAUUCUGGUGAGCGUUGUCAAUUUUCAAUUUCACAAACACGUUGUGAAUCCGUGGGCUUGCCAAAUAACUGCCGCAAUGGAGGUACAUGCAUGCUAGUUGGUAGUAGCACACAAUGCUUUUGUACGUCGAUGCAUACGGGUGCAUUAUGUGAAGGUACAAUUAACAUGUGCGAGCUGAAAGUUUGUCAAAAUGGUGGCACGUGCAGUGUUAUCAAUGGAACCAGUGUUCGAUGUCAAUGCUCAUCAUCAUAUACAGGGCAGUAUUGUGAAUAUCCACUGGAUGCAUGUGCAGUAAAACCUUGUUUGAACAAUGGACAAUGUAUAUCAUCAGGUACAACGUUUUCAUGUAAUUGUGCGCAAACAAUGUAUACCGGAGCCAGAUGUCAAACAUUACUUUCUUCACCAUGCGCAUCAAAUCCAUGUGUCAACAGUGGUACCUGUCAAAUAGUUGGUUCCACUUACGUUUGCGUGUGUACAUCAGGUUAUACUGGUACAACAUGCUCUCAGGCGUUGAAUCUUUGCACAACAGUUCAAUGUCUCAAUGGUGGCACUUGUUCCAAUUAUGGUACAUUCGCUCUGUGUAAUUGUUUGAUUAAUUUCACUGGUGAACGUUGUCAAUACGUGAAUCAAUGCUAUCCUGUUUCACCUUGUCUCAACGGUGGCACAUGUAUAUCUGUAUUGAAUAGUUAUUCAUGUCAAUGUCCAACUGGUCGAACGGGAACAACAUGCCAAUUGUUUUCGGAUAAUCCAUGUGCUGGAGGUAACCGAUGUCUAAAUGGUGGAACGUGUGUAGUUCUAUCAGGAACAACUGAUUCGACUUGUACGUGUCCAAUUAAUUUCACUGGUCAAUCGUGUGAAAAAGCUGUUUCAGCUACGCAAACUACAACAUCAUCAUCAUCAGUAUUCACAAUGCUAUCCGAAAAAUCUUCAACAAUUAUCGCGACAACAUCCAUGGCAUAUUUUAAUACAACCAAUGCUCCGUACUCAUGUGACGAUACAUCACUAGCGUGUCUUGCUUACAGUUCAUAUUGUAAUCGCGAAUAUGAAUUUUCCGGUAUCCCUUGUCGAGUACUUUGCCCAAGAACUUGCAAUACUUGUUGCGAAGACUUCUAUAAUGAUGGUACAUGCUCAUUGCAGAACUGCCAACGUAAUCCUGAACUGACAUCUUUUUGUCGAAAAUCGUGUAUCUGCAAAACAUAA